GUUAUUCUUAAAGGGAACCCGGCAGCACGCCUUCUCUUCGUUUGCUGGCUCAGUGGCUCGUGGUGUGAUCUCUCUACCGCUCAUCAUGUCUGACAAGCUGCCCUACAAAGUUGCUGACAUCACCCUGGCCGAAUGGGGCAGGAAAGCCAUCGAAAUUGCAGAAAAUGAAAUGCCUGGCCUGAUGAAGAUGAGGGAGAUGCACUCGAAGACCAAACCCCUGAAAGGCGCCCGGAUUGCUGGCUGUCUGCACAUGACUCUCCAGACUGCUGUGCUCAUAGAGACCCUGACAGCGCUGGGGGCUGAGGUGCAGUGGUCAAGCUGUAAUAUCUUCUCUACCCAGGAUCAUGCUGCUGCAGCCAUUGCUAAGACCGGGGUCCCAGUUUACGCCUGGAAGGGGGAGACCGAUGAAGAGUACAUCUGGUGCAUUGAGCAGACCCUGUACUUCCCUGAUGGCAAACCACUCAACAUGAUCCUUGAUGACGGAGGAGAUCUCACGAACCUUGUUCACACCAAACAUCCAGAUUUGCUGAAAGGCAUUAAGGGAAUCUCUGAAGAGACGACCACAGGAGUGCACAACCUCUACAAAAUGAAGGCUGAUGGGUCCUUAAAAAUACCCGCCAUUAAUGUCAAUGAUUCUGUGACAAAGAGCAAAUUUGAUAACCUGUACGGUUGCCGAGAGUCUCUGAUUGAUGGUAUCAAGCGAGCUACUGAUGUGAUGAUUGCAGGGAAGGUUGCAGUGGUUGCAGGGUAUGGCGAUGUUGGAAAAGGUUGUGCUCAAGCUUUAAGAGCCUUUGGUGCACGUGUCAUCAUUACCGAGAUAGACCCCAUCAAUGCUCUGCAGGCAGCCAUGGAAGGUGAGGACAAUGGAACACUUUUUCCCCAAAUCCCUGCCUUGUCAUGCGACUGAAUUUCUAAAUAUUGCCCCAUAGUCAUCCACCACUUGAUGUUCCAAUGACCUCUAAAUGUGUGUAUUGGCCACUUUGAUGUUGAACUCGAUGUAAAAUGGUUGAAUGAAAAUUCUGAUAAGAAAGUUAACAUCAAGCCGCAGGUGGACCGCUACCUCCUGAAAAAUGGACGCCACAUUAUACUGCUUGCUGAAGGCCGUUUAGUAAACUUGGGAUGUGCCAUGGGCCACCCGAGCUUUGUCAUGAGCAAUUCCUUCACCAACCAAGUCAUGGCACAGCUUGAAUUGUGGACCAACACCGAUAAAUAUCCUGUAGGAGUGUACUUCCUGCCCAAGAAGCUUGAUGAAGCCGUGGCAGCUGCUCAUCUCGAUAAGCUUGGGGUGAAACUGACUAAGCUUUCAGACAAGCAAGCCAAGUACCUUGGCCUAGAAAAGGAAGGACCCUUCAAACCUGAACACUACAGAUACUGAGAAUCGACUACAAGAGCCAAAGAUGACCUAGCAGAAAUCACGCCUUCAACAUCCCUCUGCUUUUCCUCAUGAUCCCAAACGGUUGACCUCCUGCAACACUGGUUCAAAACACUUUCUGGUUCCAUAGUUU